AUGACUUUUAUUGUAAAAUGCAAACAUUGCAAAUUUACUUGCAACCGAAACAGUCUUCAUCGUCAUCUUGUCGCUGACCACUUUAUGGAUAAAACAGUCAACGCUAUGAACCACGUAGAACUCGACUGGGAGGAUUUCGAAAUGGACAUCUAUUUCAAAGGUGUCCGAGAAAAAAACGGAGAGCUGCAAAUUCGAACGUUCUGGGACUGCGAUAACAAAGACAAAGAAACCUUCCAGAAAACCUUCGAACCUUUCCAGAACUUCAUUCUACACGAAAAUAUCUCCGACGCGAUAGAAAUUUCUAUGAAAAAAUCAACUGAGAAAAAAGCUGCGAUCAAGCUUUCGAAUCUUCUUCAAAGCGUCAAUUCAGCAAAAGCCGCCAUCAAGGACGAUCCUGAAUGUCAAAUCUGCUGCAACGAAAUCGACGAAAAAAACUUCGCUAUCUUUAUCACUCCAAAUCUCACUGCCUGCCACACAAAUAUUGCUCACUUUGUCUGCAACUCUUGCCCAUCAAAUUUCACUUCUAUCCCAUCUUGUCCUUUUUGUCGAACAAAUGGCAAGUUUGUAACUCUCCGAAAACCUCUCGAAUAA